AUGUUUGAGACUUUCAGGUUCUGGUCUGAGAGUCUAGGUGGCCCCAUUGGUCGUGAAGGAGUUUUUAGAGAUAACCAGGGGUCAUUCCAUAAAGACGUGGAGAGUCCAUCUCCAAUGGCUCGUCCCAAGCGGGAGGUGAGGAGGUCACGUCCAAUUAGGAUCCCACGCCAUCCGUGGGAUGUUGAUGAGGUGAUGGGGACUUUUAGGAAGUCAUUGUCCUUGCAAUACUUGCCUAGAAGGAUCUUGCUGAGGAGGCAUGAUGGAUUCUUAAGGAUUCUCCAGCUUAUCUUGGCCAUAAGAGAGUCGUUAAAGCUAUAG